AUGCUAGAGCAGUUCAAGUGUUUGAAUAGCACUUCAACUAAAAAAAUUAUUUUUUAUUCAAGUAUAUUUCUUUUCUCAUCAUCAAUCAUAGAUGAAUUUUAUGUCCCAAAGGAAUUAUUGCAAACUACUCUAUGUGUGGGAGAUCAGUUAAUUGCUGGACAAGAACACCAAGCAAAAUGGAGCAAUGGCUCUAAAUUCGACCGAACACUUCAAUUUAGCUACGUAUUUAGAGUUGAGAAAAGCUAUGUGAAAGUAGUGGGUACAGCGUACUACUGUUGUAGAGAUGUUCACAUUUUGGGCGACUUUAAUGUUCAUAGUUAUGGCGUAAACUUGGAGUGGAACACCAUUGUCCGUUGCAACCCUAUGGAUCGUUUUAUCAUACAAUGUCAGCGGGACUUCAAGCAACCACUUGAUUGGGAAGAUGUGUUUUCAGGCUUUAAAUUUGAAAACCUACGUUCAUCAAAACAUCAAAAGUUAAUGGAGUUUUAG